AUGGCGGCAGCUGCACAGCAAACAGACAACAACCGCAGCUUCCUGCAGGAGCACAUGUCCCGGUACCCAGGCGACAAAUACGUAGAAGGCUGGGCGACCCUAUGGAAGAAUAAAGGCGACGAGCCGCUCCCCUGGGAUCGAGGAUGUCCCAACCCCGCCCUGGAAGAUACGCUCGUCCAGAAAAGAGCGUUCAUUGGGGGCCCUCUUCUGGAACAGGACGGCCAGACAAGGAGAAAGAGGGCCCUGGUCCCUGGUUGCGGCAGUGGUUAUGACGUCUUCCUCCUCGCCAGCUUCGGUUACGACGCAUACGGUCUCGACCUCAGCCAUGAGGCUAUCGAGUUUUGCAAGCAGGAGGAGGCCAGGAACGCGGCUGACAAGUACCCUGUCCGGGACCCCGCAGUCGGACGCGGCAAGGUGACGUUCGUGCAGGGCGACUUUUUCAAGGACGACUGGCUGGAAAAGCUCGGUCUGCAGCGGAAUAGCUUCGACUUGAUUUAUGAUUACACGUUCUUCUGCGCACUGCAACCAUCCCUGCGUUCAAAAUGGGCUCUUCGUCAAACCCAACUCCUCUCUCCUUCGCCUAUCGGCAACCUGAUCUGCCUUGAGUUCCCAACCACGAAAGACCCUCUGGCCGGAGGCCCGCCAUAUGCAGCACCAUCGACUGCGUACAUGGAACAUCUGAGUUACCCUGGCGAGGACAUCCCAUACGACACCAAAGGAAAUGUCAUUUCGAACCCUUUGCGCCCGGCGAGCGAUAUUGGCCUGGAGCGGGUAGCGCACUGGCAGCCAGAGCGCACGCAUGAGGUAGGUAAGGACGAAAACGGUGUGGUUCAAGAUCGGGUCUCGGUGUGGCGUCGACGCUAG